UUGGAGUCCAGGGUCCUUGUUUUUUUGUCAGGCGGCUGACAGUACACCUAACUCUUCCAGUUGAAGGAGGAGUCGGGGUCCUUUUAUCUUUCUUUUCGUUGCACCGGCCAUCUUGUGGUAGACCGUAGUUGAACGAACACCAUGACGAACACCAGGGGCAAGAGGAGGGGUACAAGGUACAUGUUCUCACGGCCCUUCAGGAAGCAUGGCCCUGUCCCACUGUCCACUUACAUGCGCAUUUUCAAGAAGGGGGACAUUGUCGACAUCAAGGGUACUGGGACCAUACAGAAGGGAAUGCCACACAAGUGUUACCACGGCAAAACUGGUCGUGUGUACAAUGUCACCCAGCAUGCUGUUGGCAUCAUUGUCAACAAGCAAGUCAAGGGUAAGAUCCUGGCGAAGAGGAUCAAUGUGCGCAUCGAGCACAUCAAGCACUCUAAGAGCAGAGACAGCUUCCUGCAGCGCGUCAAGGAAAAUGAGAAGAAGAAAGCUGAGGCAAAGCAGGGCGGUGCCUGGGUGGAGCUCAAGCGCCAGCCGGCAGCACCUCGUCCUGCCCAUUUUGUCAGCACCAAGAAAAACCAACCACAGCUGCUGGAACCAAUUCCCUACGAGUUCAUGGCCUGAAAGUGAGCAAUAAAGCAGAUUCUGUGCA